UAUAAGUGGUCGUUGUUUAAAAAAGUAACAAAAAUGGCGUAAUUUGUGAGAUGUCAGUUCAGUGAAAAUGUAAAAUAAAUAAAAAUGUUUAACCGUGUAAAAUAUGUGAUUUUGUUUGUAUCCGUCCUAUUAAUAAGUUUGAAAAUAUGUACCAGUGAUCUCCAAAUACCCUCAUUGACACUCUACAGUCCUGGGGCAGUGGAGUACAUAGAUGUACUUGUGAGACGGGUGCAUGAUAACCUUACAUUGGUUUGUGCCACUCGUGGAGAUAAUACUGCAAGAGCCUAUGUGUGGAAUUAUGUUGGGAAUAAUACCGGGGCGAGCACUUUCACAGUAUCACCAUCAGGUCUGGCCAGCAGCAGUCAAUUGGAGAAGUAUGACCUUCAGCUGACAGACAGUGGUCACUACAUGUGCUCAUCGCCACCAUUUAGCAUCACUAAGUAUUUAUUAGUGCAGAAGAGAGGCUCGCAAUGUGCCCGCGGAGCUUUCUCUUGCGGCGCUCGUUGCGUUUUGCCUCGGUACGUGUGUGACGGAAAACCAGAUUGCGCACGCGGCGAAGACGAAGCGCUCGACAUAUGCCCACCGCAGCCAUGUCUGAGAAAUGAUCGCCUGAACUGCUCAACUGGCAGGUGUAUACCGGAAGCGGCGUGUUGUCACACAGCGGAUGUCCUUUGUCAACAGGACAGUUGCUGUUCAGAGCAUCCCAGAUUUGCACGGCUUGAUGAAGGCGACGAAGUACUCGAAUAUACUCGCACUGAAGACAGACACGCCACAGACGAUCUCACAUUCAUACAGUCCACUAUAUAUACGGUCACAGCUUGCGCCCUCAUCUUCAUGAUAGCAGUAGUGCUGUUGGUAUCGGCACUGUGCAAGAUGCACAUGAAGAGAGCCGCUUUACGCGGUUAUGCGCAUGCGCAUCGCGAUACGGCGCAUCACUAUUCGGCUCGCUACCCUCCGCGUUACGAAUCUACGCGACUUUUAGAUCUACCCUCUUUAAGUCCUACGCGGCAGCAGACACAGUGUGAACCCGAAAGCGCGACUUCUACGCCGAUGUGCGAAGUCACGAAUCCAGUCAAUUCUGGCUUCGCUCUUUCACGGCUCGGCUCCAUGUUUUGUACUAGAUAUUCUCAGGUUCCUACUCAAGGUGACGUGGAAAUGACUGACGUGAGAUCCACUUCGCUGAACAAUUCGCCAACGCGGAACCCACCUUUGGACUAUCGCUCGCCAAUUCCCAGUUCCGAAUUAUAUUACACGAACCCGGACCUUACCAACUUAGGUCGGGACCUCAAUUACAUGGCGACGCCGAUAGAAUUCUUCAGACGGCGUAAUCUACGUCGGAACACCUUAGAUAGGGUCAUAGACCAGUUGACUCACGCCCCAAGACCGCUGACGCUGCAGCUGGGGAGGUUCCAGCUCAGCAUACCGAGGUUCAACCGUCGCGACCCUCGGCCGGACACGCCGGACAUCGCCGAAAUUAAUAUAGACAAUCUAGAUUUCGUGCGUCUCAACUCUAACGACACGUACACUUUGAACGGCAGGACCAUUCGCUUGUUGGGGGCGGACUUUGAGAACUACCCGCAUCUGGACGGGAAUCGACCCCCUCCGUACAACGAGGCGAUGAGGUACAAAAUAUACGGACCUCCCCCGGAGUAUUUGAGCAGGGAGGGUAUCAAUAGGGAGAAUGAGGCCACGAAUAACAUUGAAAUGCCGCCGUGCUACGACGAUUUGGGUCAAAACAGUAAUAACGGUAAUUCCGGUCACAUUACCGGUACUUCCACGAGUAAUUUUGCGUUUUGUAACGGUAAUAGUACAAGAGGUAAUGAAGCAACCGCCGGUAACGUCUCGAGUACCGAAAAUGAUGCAAACGGUAAUAUUACGAAUUCUCAAAUAGAAAAUGUAAAUAAUAAUAUUCCAGAAACGAUCAGUUCCGUUAUAGAUAACUUGCCAGCCAUAGACAGUGAUUUUAACGCUAAUGACAACGUCUAUAACGAGACCGUAGUUGCCGAAUGAGGGUAGAUUGAUAGAUUAAUUUAAAAUAGAGGGUUCCAUAGAUAGAAUCAAAAAUAAAUUCAAGUAUAAAUAAACGGAUCGAUAGUUAAUGUUAAAAAAAUAGUUUUUAUUAAAGCUCUCGGGCCCACAUAGAUAUAAAUAAAUAAUAAAAGAGACAUUAAUUUCAUUUUGUUAACUUUUUGUUAUAUAAAUACGUGAGUGACGUGACAAAUUUAACGUUAUUUAAAUAAUGUAUAUGAUUAAGAUUACUUUUACGCGUUUGACAAAAUGCAACAAAUCUAUGGACCACUCUAGGAACUUCCUCACCUUAUUUGCCCACGUAAGACACGUUUUGGCCACAUUUGCCACAUACGUCUAUUGUGCCUUAGCUACCCACACAUUAGUUUUGCACAUAAAGUAGUAGAUUUCUAUAAUGUUUCAUGUACGCAAAGUUUUGUAAUAUAUUUUUAUGUCAGUGAGUCGCUAAAAAGGCUGUUUAGACACGAACAACUUUGAAGUUAACGUUUCGUUGUCAUAGACUUUUUAGUGCACUGACAACUGUCAACUGUCAUAGACUAUAUUGAGCUUAAAGUGUACAAUGUAAAUGCCAAUUAAAUAUAGGGCUGCUGGGAUUUUCAUGAAAGUAGCCCCUUUUAACCGUGUCAUAUUCAAACUUAGGCUUAGAAAUCACCCGCUCAUCCAGAGACACAUCAUUAGAAUUAAUUUUUAAAGUCCUUUGCCAAUGUCUUUCUGUGAUUGUUGUCAACGAAUGAGUUGUCUUGCCUCUAAGCUGCUUUGGCAAUUUCUGUUGCCCACAGAAACAUUUAUUAUUUCAAAAAAUGAGUUCAUGUGUUGCUAUGAAGCUAUAAGAGUGAGCCAGUUGUCAUACUUAUGGACAAAAAAAUGAAUUUUGAAUGAUUCUGUUCUGAAAUGAGUAUUUCUUCUUGGUUAAAUAGAUCUGUAGGUAUUCCGGCUGAUUGUUACCUACAAUUGUAAAAUAAUGCUUUGGCAUUUUAAGAAUACACACAAUAAUGUUCAUUUGACAUAUUCUGCAUUCAAAUCACAAGAUGGCAUUGUGUGCGCAAUUAAACUGUCAUAUUGUAUAUGGAUAUCUUUACACAAAUAUUUUUAUUCACUUUUAGAUUCCCAAGCUAUAUGUCUGCGUUCAAUACAAAAAAAACUGGUUUUCAAAAAAUUAUUUCUUAACAGUAAAUAGUUUGUUACUCCUUCGUAAAAUACUCAUAUGUAUAUAUUCUUUUAAUAGUUUAGUCAAUUUUAAGUAAAUUAACUGAAAAUAAAUUAAAUACCGCCAUUAUAAAGUUUGCUUUUAACUGGUUUUAUGUUUUUGUUUAAUUUACUUAAAAUUGAUUCAACUUUACUUUAAGUUAAGCCAUUUUCGUUCGUAAGUUUAGAUGAAUUACGAUUUUAAUAUAUCGCGGGUACGAUAAGUUAUGGGGUGUCCUGAAAGUAUUCAGAAACAAACCUAUUUACUUGGAAAGCCCUAUAAACAUUUUAUAUUAAUUUAACUGAUUUGUCAAUUUAUUUUCUGAUUUCAAACAAAUGUUUACUUAUUUUAAAACAGAAUUGAAGAAAAAAUUAUAAGGAUACCCUGUAACAUAAACGAUUAAAUAUGUGAAUUGCACUUUGACAAAUAUACAUAAUAUUAACAUAAAUUGGAGAUUUUGGUAGAACUAAACUGCCAAAUUCAUAAAUGUGAAAUUUCUCAAAUAAUUCUCUCAGUAAGAGUAACUAGAAAAGAGUAUGUGAUCUGCAGAAACUGAACAAGGAUUUGUCUCGGGUAUUAAUCCCAUUUAUGUACGAGACAAAUGCUAAAUGAGAUGUAUGUUGGUCUGUUAACAUGUAAAAGACUUUGGAGAAGGUUAGUUGUGUAAAGAAAGUCUCCAAUAUAUCUAUAAAUGAGGAGUAGUCAUCUCGGAAAUAAGAUCUCUGAAAUGUGCGAAUUGCAUUUUCUUCAGAAUAUACAGGAGAAUACCAUUAGGGCGACGUCCCAUGAUCUAAAACGUUUAAAAUAGUGAAAUUCGCAAAAAUAAAUGUAAAUUUUUAUGUUCAAGAAAAAAUUUUGAUUCAAUUGAGUUGUGUAUCGUUAAGAAAUCUUAAUCAAAAACACGUAUUUAAUCUUAUUACUUCUGUAUUUUGAAGACAAAUGUAUCAAUAAAAUUUAAAAUUCCGACCAAAUUGCUUUAUGUAAAAAUAAGUGUAAAUAAAUGUGUUAGAUUUUCUAUGUCAAAUAGUCAUCGCCGUUUCGAUUGUUUGCCUGUUUCAUAAUUGGAUAGAUUAAGUUAAGAGAGGAAAUUGCCAUAGACAAGAAAAAGAAAAUUAAAUUGUGGUGUUUUUUUUUCAUUAGCGCCAUCUAAUGACAGGGUUAUGAAGUAUUUGUGAUAUUUUGAGAUCGUAGUUAUGAAACGGGUACUCGCUUUGAUUGUUCCAUAGCUUUCGCACAAAAAUGUACUUAAGAAUUUCGGAAUUUCUAAUCAUUUUCAUGACAACGAAAUACAAUAAUUGAACAUAUCAUUGAAUUGUUUAGUAAUUAUGCUUAUAGCGUUUAUGUUUGUUUGUUCGUUUGUAUGUCACGGAUAUAAAUGUUUUGGAAGAUGCCAAAAAUCAUCAGUUUGUUAAAUGUCAGAGUUUAUCUGUUCUGGCAACUCUUUGAUAUCAAGCAAUGUCGGAUUAACUUAAAAUAUAAGUUAUCUUUAAUAUACAAACUUGAUUUUUGUCUUUUUUAAGUGAAAAUGUUCAGCCUUGUAAGGAUAAGUGAAAUGAAAAAACUCAAACACAAACAAACAAACGAACAUAAACUUUCAUUGUAUAAAAUUAUGUUCAUAAACGAUUGUUAUAGUACAAAAUAUACUGAUGCCUUACCAUUGUUAGUGUAAUAAAUAUUGUUUUA